AUGAACCUGCUGUCUACAGUCCUUGCAGCGCUUUCCGCGUCUUUCGCCACCUGGUACGCCGUGGACCAGAGCCGGCUUGAGGAACUGCGGAGGCUGCCACCGGAGGACACCCCGGAUGCCUGCCGGGAGUACAGGAUCUUGGUGGAGCAGCAGGUGGCGCGUAUCUUGGAGCUCGAGGGGCUCGAACAGGGUGCUGGAGGCGGCUCGGACUUGCUCGGGAAGUCCUGGGUGGUGAUGCAGGCAGCUAGCGCAGAGCCGAAGAGCAGCAAGAUGCGUUUCUGA